AUGAGCGAGACGGAGAGCGAGACAGAAAGCGAGACAGAAAGCGAGACAGAAAGCGACACAGAAAGCGACACAGAAAGCGACACAGAAGAGGCCAGAGUGAAAAGAGCAGAGUGGGAGAGUCUUCAAGAGCAGCUUGACCGAGCUCAAGAAGAACUGAAGCGUAGAGAUGAACAGAUCUUGGCUCUGCAGCAGGAAGUAACUGAGGUCAAAGAUCAGUUAGAGGCAGUAGACACCAGUUCGAGGCGUUCAUUGGGUUUGGCAAACGAGCGAUCAGCAAAAUGGGAACAAGCCCACCGACAGCUGCUGUUCCAGUUAUCAAACCAACCUUCUCCGUCAUACGUCGUACAGAUGGAGAGCGAGACAGAGGGCGAGAAUGAGAUAGAACUGAGGAUGAGAGAUGAACGGAUAUCGGCACUGCGGCAGGAAGUAACUGAGGUAAAAGAUCAGUUAGAGACCAGUAGGAGGCGUUCAUUGGAUUUGGCGCAGGAGCAAGUGGAGCAGUGGAAGGAGGCCCAACGUCAGAAGCCUCUACCAAAGAAAGAGCGUCAGCUCGAGACUCUGAUGGAGGGUGAUGGACUCAUGACGUCUGAUAAUCAGACAGAGACUGGGCCACAGGACAGACUCAGAGACAGUGUGAGCUCAAAGGCCUCAGCAUCAAUAACUCAUGAGCUGGAUCCGUGUGUGAAAACAAACACUGGACACAACAUCAACACAGUCCAAGACCUGGCACCAGACCAUCGGAUCCUCAGAGACAAGAGGCCUCUAUGCGGUGGAAAGAUCCAGAUCAGCACGUUUCAGUGA